ACUAUCUUGUAAGGGAGUCACUCAUCACUAUAAUUGCAAUUCCAUAAACCAAAAGAAAUAAUGGAAGCCGUGAAGGGACCGCCAGAGAUCUCUCUGUUCGGGGAGCUUGUGUUGGAUGUUGAGAUUAGAGCUCCAGCGGGGAAGUUCCACCAUAUGCUCGCCGGAAGACCACACCAUAUGUCGAAAGCCACGCCUAACAAUAUCCAAGGAUGUGAUCUUCAUGAGGGAGAGUGGGGAAAGGUUGGCACUAUCGUCACUUGGAACUACGUUAUUGAUGGACAGCCAAAGAUGGCCAAGGAUAGGAUCGAGGCAUUGGAGCCGGAGAAGAAUUUGAUCACGUUCGGAGUGAUAGAAGGUGAUCUAAUGAAUGAGUUCAAGAGUUUCAAUCUCACGAUCCAGGUGACUCCGAAGCAAGGAGGGCCUGGAAGUGUGGUUAACUGGCACGUGAAAUACGAGAAGAUUAACGAGAACGUUGCUCACCCGGAGAAUAUGCUCCCGUUCUUCGAAUCAAUGUCCAAAGAGAUCGACGAGCACCUCUUGUCCGAGGAGUAGAGGCUUUUUGUGUGCGUGUCUUGUUGUCUAUCUCUAGGGUACAGAGAGAGAGAGAAGCCACAACACCUUCUUCGAGCCAGAAACUUAUUCGAAAUUUAUCUUUCUUCUUUCAUAAGUUGGACCUGUCUUCUCAGUACUUCUCCUUUAGUUACGUUAUAAAAUAUUAAAGCAGUGCUGGAUCUAAUAGAAUAUAUGAAUGAUGGAUAUGUGACA